AUGGACAAAAAAGGUAAAAAAGAAAAGUCCAAGUGCGACCCACCCGCCAACACGUUUGAACCUCUUCACGUUGACAUCAAAACAGCAGCAACCGCAGUUCUUCUUCUGAGCUCCCUGGAAGCUGACAUUAUAGUCAUAGCAUGUGAAGCACUGUUCGAAUUUGCAGGGGAAGAUGGUAACAAGGUUUAUUUGAUGGAACUAGGAACAUUGCAGCCUCUCAGUCAACUUAUCACCCACAACAAUGAACUGGUCAGACGAAAUGCAUUUAUGGUUUUGGGAACCAUGGCUUCCAACAGUGUUGUUGGGAACGUCUUACAACAAAUGGAUCUAAUUCUACCAAUUGUUGAAAAACUCUCCCUUGAUGAUCCUGUUAUUCAAGAGUACGGAACCCUAUGCCUAGCUUAUCUAUCCCUGGCUCCCAACUGCAAGGUUCAGAUCUUUGACAACAAAGGCAUGCAAGCCUUAAUCAAGCUACUUGCCAGUCCAGAACCUGAUGUUCAGAAGAACUCCCUGGAGACAAUCUUCAACUUAAUUCAGAACAGCCAAUUCUGCCCAUCUGUUGUCGAGUUCGGUGGGAUCCCUUUCAUUCUGGAGCAGCUUAAUUCGGACUUUUCAGUCAUUCAGCAGUUGGCUAUCAAAAUUUUGCAGAAAGUUACUGUUGACCGAGAGUCAUUCAGCACAAUAAGGAAGGAGCAAGCACUGGAAAAGGUCUUUGAUGUCAUCAGAAACGCGGAUUUCAAUGACCUCCAUGUUCAGGCUUUGCAGGUUAUUUGCAAUUGUGUGAGCGAUAGUGAAAAUUUCCAGGUGAUCAAUAACGCAGGAGGACUAACUGUACUGUUGGAGAUUGUCCUCACUCCCGAACUGCUUGAAAGCGAUAAACUUGAACCACAACCUGUUACAUGUAAUCGUAAUGAAGUCAAGUCCACUGCUGUCCAAUGCAUCUCCAUAGCUGCUCAGAACGCUGACAAUCACAAAGUUCUCCAUGAGUUAAAAGUUGAGGAAAUUCUGAUAGAUCUUCUCUCUGGGAACAGCGAUUGCGUGAAAACAUUUGUUUGCCAAGCAUUGGUCGGCAUGAGCACCUAUGCCUCCAGUAAAGAGCUCAUUGGGGAAAUCGGUGGUUUCGCUGCUUUAUUAUCUGCACUGGGGAGUCGGAAUUUAAUGGUAAGACAGGAAGCAAUCCAGGCCAUUGGCAGCCUUACGGCAGGACACAACCAAAAUACUAUGAUAAUAUAUGAAGAAGGUGGACAUGUUGUGCUUACCCAGCGUCUCAGUGACAGCUGCCCCAAAAUAGUGGCCAGUGCUGCAGCCUUACUUUGCAGAAUCAUGGUUGAGGAGGAAAUUCGAUGUGAUAUUAUAUCUGUGGGGGCUAUAACAGCAUUGGUGGGACCCUUAAAAUCCACUGACGCACAGGUCUUGAUCAAUGCUACAACGUGCCUCUAUGAACUGGUGUUGGAUGAGUAUGCUAGGGCAGAGCUGCAGAGAGCUGGUGGCCUUGAACCACUCGUAAGUUUGCUUCGUUCCAGCCACACGGAGGUGUUACGCUCCACAUGCAUGGCAAUCAGCGUUUGUGCAAAGGAUGAGACCGUAUCUUUGGAGAUGUGCAAAUAUGGUGCCUUGGACCUGCUUUAUGAAAUCAACCAGGCAGACAAUAGAAAUAGCAGGUUCAGUGAGUUUGCCCUCGACAGUAUUCUGCAAUCCUGCCUGUCCCUCAAAUAUGCCUUGACAGAUCAUUUGGCUGCAACCGACAUCAUAACUGAUGGCUUCUAUGAUGCUGGGAAGUCGUGUUUCAAAGAUAAAGUUUUUACUUUAACGGAACUUUCCAUGGAGCCAGUGAACCAACGACUACCCAUCAUAGUUGUCAGUGCAGGAAUUGAGGUGAUUUUACACAAAAAAAGUCUGGAGGAAGGGCAACAAACCGAACGAUUUUGGAAGGUGAUGAAUGACGUAGAUCUGAGGUUUUUAGUUAAAGAGGUCAAAGAAUCCAUUGGCGUUUUGAAUGAUGAACAGGAACAGUACGUUGCCUUGGCCAGGCGAGUAAGCACCGUCAUGGGUGGAGCAAUUGAGAAAGAAGACUUACACUCUUUUGGAUGGUUAUUGCACAUCUGCCUGCUCAGAUGUAAAAUGCAGUGUAAUGUGAUCCCUAUAGGCGUGAUCAGCAAAGGAUUCUACUGUCACAGAGCUCUUCUUUUCAAGUACUUGGCAGAUUGCAUUGGCUUGAGUUGUACUCUGGUGCGAGGCGAAUACAAUAGAGCUUGGAAUGAAGUACUACUGUGCAUGGAAGAUUCGGCUAGUAAUGGACAUUCUUCUCAACAGCCACUUUGCUAUAUUGUGGACCUCAUGCAUCAGCCUGGGAGAUUCCUGAGAACUCAUAGCCCUGCGGCAUUCCGAUAUCACAGUAUAUAG